UUUGGAGUACUAGUGCUAGUAGUAAUACUAUGACAAUGAGUACUCGAGUCUUCCGAGAUUCUUUUAUUUUUUGAUUUAAGUUGAGGAGAAUUAAGCUUAUAAAAGAAAAACAAAAGAGAAUUACAAUUCACGUUCAUGUUUUCUAGAGCAUGAGGACAGGGCUACAGAUAAAACAUUUCGUGUUUUCUUAUAACUUAUUAUAAAUAUAUUCCAAAGAUUCGAAGACGUUUUUGAGCUGCAUAAGUUCUAAUUUCGACCAGAGCGAAAAUCACCACUCAAUCAUUAAAAUAUUCUGAUCUUGUUAGGUUAAGAUAAGGGUUAAUAUUCUUACGAAGACCGCUGUGGUACAAUUACAUCGAAUUCAAAAGGGGGAAAACAUUUAUAACAACAACAACAAAAAGCAGAUCAUACUGUUUUGCUGCAUAACAUGGCUGUAGCUACUGCAUCUCGAUUUGCUGUGCUGAAGCUUGAAGAUGAUGAACUAAUAGAAAAUACAUCCAGUUUUCAAAAGGCUUCCAAAACGUCUUCAGGCACCAAAUCCAAAGAUAGUGCUAAGAUAGCUACUAAUGAAAAUAAGAAGAAAAAGAAGAAGAAAAAUAAUAAUGUUGAAAAAAAUGAGCUUCAGAACCUUGCAUUUUGUCCAAAUAUUAAACACAAAGGAAAAGGAUUGGGUCAGACUUCGGGUGGGAAUCGCAACUCCUCUCACAGUUCUGAUGGGCAUGAUACUCAAUGGGAAGAAUGGAAGAAAAAAGACGAUGAAUUUGUGUGUGAUGUGUAUGAGCAAGACUUGCAAGAAGCUCUGCUUCAAAGUAAACUAGAAUUUGAAGAGAAAAAAAAGUUCUACAGUGCCAUCCAAAAGCAUGCAGAAGUAGAAAAAAAUGGUAGCCAUGAAUUAAAAAAAAAGAAGAAAAACAGCCAAAAGAAAGAUAAAACAUCUACCAUGACCCUUGAUCAGUUUCAGAAUAUGUUACCUAAACAGUUGGAAGGAGGUGGAGAUAUUUCAUCAAGUCCAACUCAUAAUCAACAAGCACCUAUACCUGAGGAAACUAACUUCUUUGAAAAGAUUGAAGAAGAUGCAGAAAAAAUUAUUACAAAAGAACACAGACAAAGUUCUUAUAAGAGUCCAGAGUAUUUUCAAGCAGAGCAUGCACGUAGUCUUCAGCAUCAAGAAGAAAUUGAAAGAAAAGAUAAAAAAAUCAAUGAGCUCGGAGAGGAAUUGAAAAAGACAAAGGAAGAACUGAAGACAGUGAAACAUAGAUGCAAAAAACUUUGUCAUAUAUUAGCUCAAGGUGAAAUGAGAGACAAAGCAGAGAUAUUAGUACAAGUAGAACGGAUAACACAAGUUAAAGAUGAACUCACAGAAGAGAUAUCAGACUUAAAAGCAUCAUUGGAACAGGAACGAUCAAAAGUACAUGCACUCCAGACUGAGUUAAGAAAAUACCAGGGAAAUAAACGAGAAAGCAAGGAGCGUAAGGAUUCCAAGUAAAGUACAAUCAUUAGAGAGGUUCCUUUGUAAAGAUCUCUUUCCGUAAGGUUUUCACAGAGGAUCACAACUCCAUUUUCAUAUCUUCUUAGUUUCAUAGUCAUUUUUGUCGUGGUAUAUGUUACAUAUAAAUGCAUAGCUAGGGAAUAUUCAAGUAUUAUGUCACAUAAUAAUUCAGAUAGAAAGUGCAGUACAGUUUUUAUUCAAAGACAUUAUGGGUUAAUAAAACUGGGAUAUUGCACUUUACAUUUAACCUUUCAUCUUUACUAAAUGUUAGAUUUGCAGAGAUCCUUUGUUGUCAAUAACAUUGUAAAAUGGAUAGAAUCUCUAGGAAAUUGAACUUAUGCUCUCCCUUUUAAUUAUUGAAUGUAGUCAGUACAGUAUUUAAUAUCAAAAUCCUUUACAUGUUUGAAAAAGUCUUUAUUUAAACUGAUUCUUGAGGGAAUCUCAAAUGCAGAGAAAAGAACUGUUAAAAAUACACAAACUGAAAAAAAAAGUAUACACACAAGAAAGUGUGACAUAAUGUUUAAAUGUUCCCUUAAAAGUUUUUUUAAGUGAUAAUAUUAAAUCCAUCUAUCUGUUUAAAGAAACUUUUUUUUUCUUUUACAUUGCAUAUGAUUUUCCUCGACUGACAGAUUUUAGUAAAUAAAUGUAUUUUUCUUUAAAUGAUUUUCUAUAUAUUAAUUAGAAUAUCUGAAGAUGUUUAUUAGGAAUAAAAUGCUUUGUAGGUCAAAAUAAUAUAAACAAUUGUUUUGUGGGUUAAGGUGCUAUUGCUAGCAGUUAAUUUUGUACUGUGUGAACUUGAAAAAUUUUGUGUUUUGUGAUAGGUUACAAAAAUAAAUCACUGGAUAAAUUAAGGAUAUACAACCUUUAAGAGUCAAGAACUGCAUAAAAAAACAAGAAAUGGUUGUACAUCUUUAAGAAUACCCUUAUGCAGAUAUUUAAAAAAAAUAAUUUUUUGUUUUUAAUAUAUAUAAAUUUGGGUUUUCAUUGUGCCUCAGAAAUUUCAAAAUGUCUUAAGAUUUGUGAUUCAUUUAAGAGACAUUUUGUAAUGAUUUUAACAUCCUGAUAAUACAAGUAACAAUUAAUAAUGUAAAACAGUUGAAUAACAAAGUUUUGUACGUAUAUAUCUUGGCAUUUUGAGCAACAUGCCAAGGUUUCUCUCGCAUUAAAUGUAUGUAGCUAAAUUAUGGAGUAUAGUAAAGUAUUACAUAUUUGAUAAGUUCAAUGUUUGCAUAAUGUGAAAAAAAAAGCCUGUCAUACAUUAUGAAUAGUGUAAUUUCAAACAUUUUAAUAUCAUAGAAACUAGAGUUUCCAAUUUAUUAUUUUAUCUUUUGGCAUAUUUAAAAUCACAGAAUUCAUUUUGAAAACUUGUAGAUAAAAUUUGUUUUGCCACUGGAUUAAUGACCUUUGGCAGGUAAUUGUUGCCAUUUUGCAGUAUUGGUUUGAAAUAAUAUGUACGUGUUAGCACAACUCGAAGGUAUGAAAUUAAAGUAGCCAGUUCUCUUUGAUUUUUCAUCCUUCAAAAAGUAUCUUAACAUAAUAUACAAUCAUGGAGUUCUCUUCAUUCUUUGUAUAGAAGCCUGGUGAUAGCUGAAAUGUAAAUGUUCCUUUUAGUUUGGAGACUUAUCAUUAUGUAAGUUAUUAGACAAUAUAUUAUUAUAAUAUUUCAGUUAAAUGAUUAGCAUGUAUUAAAAACAUCAGCUGCUUAUUUGAUAAUGUUGUUACGAAAAGGGAAACAUGCUCCCUUUCCAACUGUUUUAACUAUAUGUAGAUAUUGACUUUGUGUUAAAUUCAUAACUCCACUGACCAAGAAAGUACUUGAUACAAGAUUGGACUAGUAUGGCAAGGUAUACAGACCUUAAAAUAUAAAUUUUAAGUUCAUUUUGAAUUGAACUAUAAGUCUGCUCUAUUUUUACACUAUUUUUGAUUUUGUGAAAUAAUGAAAGUUUAUUAUUUUCACUUAAUAUUUUCCUUUUUUUUAAUCCUACUAUUCAAAUUUGAGAUUAAAAGCAGGUUUUCUGGUUUUUACUAAUUAACAUUUUUAUGUUUACUACAUGAUAACACAAGAAUAUUAAAAUUUUAUAGAUAAAUAGUUUUACAAAAGAAAAUAAACAUUAAUUAAUUCCUGUAUGACUAUGUACCUUAUAAUUAAAUAUGCCAUUUAAAAAGGUUAUUGUGCAAAUGUAUUUUAUAAGAAUAAAAUCCUAACAUUUCAUGUUUUAUCCUAAUACAUUUUUUGCAAAUCAAAACCUUUAAACCAAAACUUCCUGUUUUGAUUUAAAAAAUGCAUAAAAUAUCAAUAAGCGUAACGUUACAUAACUGAAAUGUUGUCAGUUUUAUAAGAUGAUGGAAUAAAGUUUUUUCGUAUUGAUUUAGAAACUAAAGAUAUGAAAAAAUUGAAAAGUUCAGUUUGAUUGUAAUUUGUUCAAUGUUUUUUCAAGAGUUAUUUGUAUCUUCUAAUAAAUAAGAGAGAAGGUAUUGGUCUUAAAAAAAUAAUUAGCAAAGUACUGUAAAUUAAAUAAAAUAAAACAAAAAGUUACAGUAGAAUGCUGCAUAGCAGGUAAUUCUUGAUACCUUUUUUAUUUUCAAUUUAGUACAUUUUUGUGUAAUCUAAAUACUUCAGAUAAAAACCAGUUAUUUUCACCAAAAAAUAAAAGUUGAAAUAUAGCACUUUUUUUCCAUUAUAAAUGUAUUUCUGUAUAAUUAUUCAUCCCUUAAUUUGUAUGACUGCAUGAGAUUUAAAAAUUCACAUAUAAUUAAACUUUUACUUUGAUAUUUUUAUGUAUUCCAAGAGAAUGUUCCUGUAAAUUUAGCACUUGACCAUGAAGUUAAAAAAAAAAUUAUAUAGGCAUGUUUUUAGAUGCUUGUGUUUUUGCAAAGCAGCUUGUUAGUUUAAAAUGAUUAAUGUUUUAGAGAAGUUUCAAAACAUAAAUAAAUAUCCAUUAGGGAUUUUGAAUGUAGUGAGUUUUUAUGUUUAUUAUUCACUAAUCCCACUUAAGAUUUUUUGUUCUAUGUGUUGUCUUCCAGAGGGAUACGGAAAUGUAAAAGUUUUGUAUAGAGUUGAAUAUAAAUACCAGUAUUUUAUAUUGCUGAA